UGAGGAGACCAUGGCCUGGCCCCUGUGUACCCUGCUGCUCCUGCUGGCUGCCCUGGCUGGGGCCCUGGCCUGGAGCCCCAAGGAGGAGGAUAGGAUAAUCCUGGGUCGCAUCUAUGACCCAGACCUCAAUGAUGAGUGGGUACAGCGUGCCCUUCACUUUGCCAUCAGUGAGUACAACAAGGCGACCGAAGAUGAGUACUACAGAUGCCCGCUGCGGGUACUGAGAGCCAGGCAGCAGAUCGUGGCCGGGACAAAUUAUUUCUUCGACAUAGAGGUGGGCCGAAACAUAUAUACCAAGUCCCAGCCCAACUUGGACACUUGUGCCUUCCAUGAACAGCCAGAACUGCAGAAGAAACAGUUGUGUUCUUUCACGAUCUAUGAAGUUUCCUGGAAUAAAAGAAGGUCCCUGGUGAAAUCCAGGUGUCAAGAAGCAUAG